AAGUGUAAACAAAUGUUCAGGCUCGCGAAAUUAAGUUUCAUUUCCAUUGGCAUUGAAAGUAGCCUUGUAUCUAGAUCUAGAUCUAGAUAAACUAAUCUAAGUUUAUUAUUUCAAGUUAAUUAUUUCAAUGACUAUUUUUCAAAAAUUGAUGGCUAUUAUUAGUAUAAACACGAAUGAAGGGGAGAGCACUCGUCUGUUAAGCUCGAGUCGAAAUGGUCCAUUACCUCCUAAUGGUAGUGCUGCUACCGGCCAUAAUUCUAUUUCUGCAACUGAGGGUUAUGAAGAACUUUUUAAAGAUAGCGUUCCUUGCCCAUCAUGUAGAGGACUGGGUCGUGUUCCAAAAGAACUUGAAAAUCAAUUAGUUGCUUUGAUUCCCAUGGGAGAUGGUAGGCUGAAACCUAGAAGAACGAUCCUAUAUGUUGCAAUCGCUGUACUUUUGUGUGCACUGACGGCAGGCCUGCUUAUUUUCUUUUUGAUGCCUAGGGACAUAACUAUAUCUAGCAACAGGCCCUUCUUGCAGCCUAAACACAUAGACAUCAAUGUCACGGCAAAGUUUGCUAAUUUCACAGUUAUAAAUUUGUACAAUGUAUCGAACAGUAAUUUCUAUACAGUUAGAAUUUCUGGUGUAUCAAUGAAGUCCUUGUAUGGGAAUGCAGUCAUUGCUCAGUCCUCAGCCUACAAAACUGACCCUUUGGAUAUUUCUGCUAGAUCUGAGGAGCAGCUCUCAGUACCAAUGGACUUUGUGCUACAGGGAGAACAUGGCAGUCUUGUAUCUCACUGUAUGAGUAAUUGGUCUUGGAUUCACAAUCUCCCUAUUUUAUUUGAAGUGACUGCCAACUAUACAUACAUGGGCCAUUCUGAGCAGGCAACAUUGACCACAUUCCAAACAGUCAGCUGCCAUCCUGAACCAGGGCCUCCACCGUCAACACUGCACCCUCCAAUCACCAUUCCAUCUACAACUGCUACACCCACAACAACAACUCUGACUACGUCCACUACCACAACAACCACCUCGAAGUCUCCAAUAACUUUAUCUAAAGUUAAGACUAAGAGAUAAUAGUAUAAGUUGUUGUUUUUUUUUCUCACUCUCUUUGUUUUAAAAAAAUGUUUUACAAAUAUUUUAUCUGAUAAGUAUUUUUUUAAAGUGAAAAUAGAACAUUGUUUUAUUAUUAUCAUUAUUACUACCAUCCUAAUAGAGAUUUGAAUUUAUAAAAAUAAAGUAAUAAGUGUUUGAUUUUAACAACAGUAAAAAUAUUAACACAUGUAUGUGUGCUUAAGUUUUGUCUUUGUCAUUAGAUGACAACAAAAAAGACUUCAGCAUGGUAUAUAUAUGUGUGUCUGUGUGUGUCACUUGAAUGACUGUGUUACAUUUUGAAAAGUUGUUAUUUGAAACUAAUGUAAAUUCUAAGCUUCUUUUGAUUUUAAAAUAUAUUUAGUCAAUUAGUCAAUUUAUCGUUUCUUUUUUUUUUCCAGUAUUAUUUAUUAACUUUACAUUUCUUUAUGUCUCUACCAUAGAUUACUAUUGCCAGUACUUUUAGAGAUACCAACUUAAGAUUUCUUUAUGUCUCAACCAUAGAUUACUAUUGCCAGUACUUUAGAGAUACCAACUUAAGAUUUCUUAAUGUCUCAACAAUAGAUUACUAUUGCCAGUACUUUAGAGAUACCAACUUAAGUUUCUUUUCUGUCUCUACCAUAGAUUACUAUUGCCAGUACUUUAGAGAUACCAACUUAAGUUUCCUUUCUGUCUCAACCAUAGAUUACUAUUGCCAGUACUUUAGAGAUACCAACUUAAGAUUUCUUUAUGUCUCAACCAUAGAUUACUAUUGCCAGUACUUUACAGAUACCAAGUUAUUUUCUUGUGUUAUUUUAAAAUAAUUGUACAAAUAAAAAAAAAACAAAUUUAAUGCAGACAUGAACUACUUUAUUAUUUUUUCUCUUUUUGUAAAAAAUUUCAAAAUCAAGAUUUUAAUUCUUGUUUAAUACUUAAAAACGAAAACUCUUACAUAAAUUGGACGCUUGAUGAUGGUUAUUUCAAAUAGAAGAAAGUUGUAAAAAAAUUUGUGUGAUUUGAGCCCACAGCAUUUUUAAGAGAAGUAAUUAAAAUUAUGCAAAUGAUAAAAUUGUUUCAUUUAACUGAAAUUUCUUUUGUACUUUUCCCAAAUAUUGCAUCUUAAGUGGGUAACAAAAUUGGAUUAUACAUGUUCAUGUUACAUUUUUUAGUCAUGUCUUUCAUAAAAUAUUAUAAAACAUUACAUAUUAUGUGAUUUGUAUAUAUCAAUAUUGGAAUUUCUCUUUUCUUUUUAUUUAAAGUUGCAUUAUGUCAUGAUGUCUUUGAAAUGAUAUUGAAGCCAGAAAAGCUAAUUGGUAGCUAUUAACAAAGAAAAUGCACACAAAAACAAAAUCCUUGACCAUUUUUUGUUGAUUUAUAUUAAAGACUAUUAUAAUGUAAGUGAUAAAAUCUACAUGAACUAAUUUGUUUUUUUUAUACUGUGUUAUUAUUUUGUUUUACUAAUAUUUGAGUUAAAACAACUAUAAAUCUUCUAAAUUUUUCUCAGAAGCAUUUCUUCAGUUCUAAUUUUUAUUGACCCUAUUUUUUCAUUUAUUAUUGUAUUUUUUACAAAUAUUUUUUGGUAAUUGAAAUGCAUCAAAUCUAGUUUUGUGUUUAUGUGUCUUUCAUAACAUGGCAUGGACAUCUCAUUACAGGAAUGUUAGGGUUGAUCUGAAUGAUUGUCUCACAUUUCUUUGAGUUGUUCUCUUGAACUGCAAUGUUCUCAGAUUUUUUAAUGAAUAUAUUUCACUAUGUUACUCAAAAUGAGCUUAUUUUUCUUAACUUUACCAAAAAAAAAUGUUGUUUUUUUUUUAAGUUUUUUAAAAUCUGAAAUUGAAUGGCACUAAUAAAUGCCAAUAAUUUUAUAAGCAGAGGCAGCCUUAGCAGUGCACUGAGCGUUGGGCGAGUGUUGAGCUGAUGGUACAAAAGAUACUCUUUAUGGUGGGGCCCUCCUAAGACAUUGUGCCUGGGGCCAUUGCCCCACUCAUACCCCUUAAGGCUACCUCUGCUAUAUGUCAGAAAAUUUGUAAUUAUUAUAAACCUGUAUUUGUUCUUUUAAAUUGUAAAUCAUUUGCCUUGAGAUAUUAUUAUAGAGAUUAUGUUUUAUAUUUAAAAAAAAAUGUAGCAUUUUUUUGCAGUAAUUUUUUUAUUUUAAUAUGAAAAGGAUCUAAUAACAGAAUAAUGAAAAAUAUGUUUGUCAUUUAGAAUAUUCAUAGUUUAACCACAUGCUAAUACAUUAACAAUCUGUAUCAACUCUAAGUACAAGAUAUACUAUUUGAACUAAAGGUAGAUAAAGGUUAUAAUGAUGGAAAGUAAUUUGAAAAAGUAAAGCAUCUGGUUCACAUUACCUAGAAUAAUUAGCUUUGUUUCUUCUCUAUUUUUUUUUUUUAUAGUAUUCAAGAUGGUUUUUUUUUUUCCAAUCGUCUUGUUUUACUUUUGUAAUAUUUUACUUAUUAAUAUAUGUGUUGUUUUUUGUUUUUUUUUGUAGUAAAAAAAAAUAUUUGUUAUUUUACAUGUUUGAGAGUUGAUGUAUCUCAACUAUUUUUGUCUCUCAUUGUGUGUGUUAUACAUUGAGAAUCCACUCACUGAUAUUUGUGGAGAUAAGUUUUUAAACUCAACCCACGGAACAGCAAUGAUAAUGUAUCUCUUGAAACAUAAGUAGAAAUAAUUACAUUCCCAGACUGAAAAAAACAUUCAACUGGUUAACAACAGAGUAUUGAUACAAACUUCACCAACUGAAUCACUAAAAUACUGAUGCUUCUCAAUAUGCACUUUGAUCUCCUCUUUAAAAUCUCUGAAUCAUCUUUUUUUUUUUUUUUGUAGUCAAA